GCAAAACAAACCGUCCGGGUAACAUUUUUUUUUCAAACCUCACAAUUUUCAUGAAAAAUUUUAGAGGUAGAGUAUCUGCUUCAGCAUAACCACAACUCCAAUCUCCUCAAUUAUACUAUACCACCUUGAUACACCUCCCUACAACAACUGAAGAUGUCUCGUCCACAAGUAACUGUCUACUCUGUUGAUGGUAAAGCCACCACCACAGCUUUACCUUUACCAACUGUUUUCUCUGCUCCAAUUCGUCCAGACAUUGUCCACUCUGUCUUUACAAGAAUUAACAAAAACAAACGUCAAGCUUACGCUGUCUCCGAAAAAGCUGGUCACCAAACCUCUGCUGAAUCAUGGGGUACUGGUAGAGCUGUUGCUCGUAUUCCAAGAGUUGGUGGUUCUGGUACUCACAGAUCUGGUCAAGCUGCUUUUGGUAACAUGUGUCGUGGUGGUAGAAUGUUUGCUCCAACAAAAACAUGGAGAAAAUGGAACGUCAAAGUUAACCACAACGAAAAACGUUACGCCACUGCUUCUGCCAUUGCUGCUUCCGCUGUUGCUCCAUUGGUCUUAGCUAGAGGUCACAGAGUUGAAACCAUCCCAGAAGUUCCUUUAGUUGUUUCAAACGAACUUGAAUCCGUCAAAAAAACAAAAGAAGCUGUUGCUGUCUUAAAGGCCAUUGGUGCUCACAGAGAUGUCAUCAAGGUCAUCAAAUCCAAGAAAAUCCGUGCUGGUAAAGGUAAAAUGAGAGGUAGAAGAACCACUCAAAGAAGAGGUCCAUUAGUCGUUUACGGUGAAGACAAUGGUAUCGUCAAGGCCUUCAGAAACAUUCCUGGUGUUGAAACUGCUUCAGUCACCUCAUUAGGUUUAUUACAAUUAGCUCCUGGUGCUCACUUAGGUAGAUUUGUUAUCUGGACUCAAGCUGCUUUUGCUUCUUUGGAUGCUAUCUACAGCUUACCAAACAACAUCAUUGCCAACGCUGAUGUUACCAGAUUAAUCAAUUCUUCUGAAAUUCAAAAUGUUGUUAGACCAGCUGGCCAACCAACUCAAAAGAGAACUCAUGUUCAAAAGAAAAACCCAUUAAAGAACAAACAAAUCUUAUUAAGGUUGAACCCAUACGCUGCUACUUUUGCUAAACAAAAUUUAGGUUCUCAAAAAGUUAAAGCUACUAAAGACAAACCAUCCAAAGGUUUAUUUGAAAAAGUUUUAAAAGAAGAUUAGAUUCACUAAUUUGAAAUGAUUCAAAAGACUUAAAACUGUGCGAGUAGAAAACAUAAAUUAUUUAUAUCAAUAAAUAUUUUAUAUUUUAUGUUUUAUCUUUAUCAAUUAAAUGUAUUAUUUUUGCAUUAAUACUGUAGAAGUUGUUUUUUUUUCAAUAAAC